CCCGCGGCCCCGCCCCUUCCUCUCUCCCUCCGUCCCUCCCGUGGCAAGAUGGCGGCGCCCUUAGCGCGGCAGCUGGAGGAGCUGCUGAACCCCCGGCCCGGCCUGCGCGACCCCGAGGACGACGCGGAGGAAGCUACAGUUGCUAAGGUGAUUGACAAAUUUGAGGAUGAAACCGCAGAUGACAUUUUCCCUGUUGGUAAUAUACGGAAAAAAGCUUCAGCCUCUCUCUUGGAAGCUGAUAAAAGGUACAGUGGAAAAGCUACAUCUCGCAAAGCCUUGCAAGCAGAACUCUGGGGAGAUGCUCCGUCUGAAGAGGGAUCUGCUGACGAGGCAUUAGAUGAAUGGUACAGUGGCAGUGAAGAUUCAGAAGAGAACGGCAGCUUAGGCAGUAAGACAAAGGAGAAGCUCAGCAGUGCUGGCAGUGACCAGGAGGAUGACUUGGAAGAUGAUGAAGAGACAGAUGUGUCUGUCAAGGCUAAGGCACCGAAGUUCAGUUUCCAGAAUAUCACAGACUUUGAGAAAUUUGCAGAGGGGAUGGAUGAUGCAGGAAGCAGUGAGGGGGAAGAUGAGGAUGAAGAGGAUGAAGAUGAUGCCAGCGUGGAAAAAGGAGGUCACGAGGAGGAAUAUGGGAGUGAAAACCACAACAAUGUAAAGGAAACCAGAGACAGUGAAGAUGAUGGGGGAGUGAUGACAUUCUCAAAAGGACAAGAGUCUGAAGAAGUAGAAAAAGGCAAAUCUGUGAAGAACCAGCUAGCACUGUGGGAUCUGCUAUUGGAAGGGAGGAUCAAGAUGCAGAAGGCGCUCCACACAGCCAACCGGCUUCCGCAGCCAGAUACUUACCCGCUCUUCAGAAAGGAAGGUGGACAAGAAUUUGACAAUGCUGUCGAGAGCUGUUUUAAAGCCCUGGAGGCAUUGCUGAAAGUGUUAGUGGAACUUCAGGAUGAGCUGCUUUACCAAUACCCAGGCACGAGGCAUCUGGUAGAUGGAAAGCAAUCAAAACCUGAGAGUGAUGAUGAAAUCCCAAGCAGUAGUGAUGAAGAGCAAGUGGAUAAGGCUCAGGAGAAGAGGAGGAGGCCCCCCAAACGCAAGCUGAAGAUGGAGGACUACCCAGACUUCCUAGCCAAGCGCUAUGCUGACUUCAGGACAUAUCGGAACAGUGUCUUGCAGAAGUGGCAUGAGAAGACAAAGCUGGCAUCUGGCAAAAUGGGAAAGGGUUUCGGUGCCUUUGAGCGUUCAAUCUUGACUCAGAUUGAUCAUAUUUUGAUGGACAAAGAGAGAUUACUACGGCGGACACAGACCAAGCGAUCAGUGUAUACGGUGCUGGGAAAGAAGGAACAGGAGUCUCAUCCGGUCCCUGAAUCUUUGCCUGAAAAUUCGGAAGUCCUCCCUCCGUCAGAUUCCAACAGGCACCUGAAGGACAUUGAUGAGGAGAUAUUUGAUGACGAUGACUUUUAUCACCAGCUCCUUCGAGAAUUUAUAGAACGUAAAACCACCUCGUUGGACCCCAAUGACCAGGUCGCAAUGGGCAGGCAGUGGCUGGCCAUCCAGAAGUUGCGAAGCAAAAUCAAGAAGAAAGUGGACAGAAAAGCCAGUAAAGGAAGGAGAAUCCGGUACCAUGUCCAUAGCAAGCUGGUGAGCUUCAUGGCACCUAUUGACCACUGCACAAUGAAUGAUGAUGCCAGGACGGAGCUUUAUCGGUCGCUGUUUGGAAAAAUGGCGAGUCCGGAAGAACCAGAGCAGGAUCAGCGGCGGGACUGAGCUGCCCCGGAGCGCCGAGCAGGGCUGCCCAAGGUAACACCAAAAAGACUGACGUUAAGCUCAGUUUAUCAUCAUCUGCUCGCAGCCGUUCUUUUCAGCAAAGCACUUAAAUCGCAUUGCGGACUGUGCUGGACGGGUCCUUAGGAAACUCAAGUACAGCAGCUACUCUGCACCCGAUGCCGUAAUUACAUGUCCAUUUUAAGCCCGGUUAUCACCGUCCCAACUAAUUUCCACACCUACAAGAAUCCUCCUACCUGAGUCUCACCUUCCCUGCCUUUAAAAAAGCUCCUGCCAGCCAAGACCUCAGUGCAGCUCAGGAACGCUGAGCGUCGGGUCUGCCCUGGCCCCGCGUCCACACCGGCUGGGGGGACAGGGAAGGUCACUGGGAGCCGCUCACGUCCCUGCAGAGACGGGCACCGUCACUUGUUUCUUUAAAUGAGACUGCUUGUAAUUGCUUCACUAAAUAUUCAGCAGGAUUUAUGUUAUAAAGGCGCAAUAUGAAGUCGCAGUGAAGGUCACACACGCUCGUGACACGGGCUUGAAAUCUCGUCCAGCGGCCCCACGCGAUGCUCCGUGAUGGUCCAGCCGGGGCUCUGCGGCUCUUGGCUCCCGAGCCCUCAGGUUGGCAAAGUGUGGCCAGGACGUAACGCCCGGGAUAUCCACGAUGCCAACUGUCAAGGAGCCGACAGAAACCAGUAUUUGCUCUUCUAGACUCAUGAUUGUGAAUUAACAUCAAUUUAAAUGCAGCAGCACUCACACAGUUACUGGAAAUCAGCGUCGCCCAAAAAAGACAAAGUUACGACGGCGCUGGCCGCGUUUGUCCGAGACUUCAAGAGACGGAACCGCAGCAGCAGCGCUUUCCUUAGUUAUUGCCCAAGAACACAACCGGCAUUCUGACUAAUUACAACACUGAACAACCAACCAACCAACCCCCCUCGGAAGUAAUGAGUAGACUCCAGAGCUGCAGUCUGACUUUCCGAGUUCUGGAUUCAGUGCGGCUGGACCCCGGGACCCCCACCGCACCUUGGACAACGCAAAAUUGGCACAUCGGUUCUAAUAAAAUUAAAGUGGGGCAUCUAUCCCCUAGGAUCAGCUGAAGAGGACAUUCACACUAUGACAACACACAUCAGGUGAUGAACAGAUUCUUCCUUUUUACCACGAGAUAAAUACCUGAUAGGAGAAACGUGAAAAUGCGAUGGCCAGUGCCGCUCUAACUGGAGCCAUUUUGCCGUUCCAUUCAUUCAUAUUGCACCAAAUCUUUGCGUACGUCCCACUGUCCACCUGACACGUUACGUGCCCAGAAUGUGCGUGACAAAGCUGAUUUCUAUUCCACUCCUACAUUGUAAUAAAUAAACAAAACACAAUUGAA